GUUUGCAAUGAACUGUGUUGCCGUGAGUCAAUGAUUCUCUUUUCGUACUAUGUUGGCUUCUCAGUUACUCAUGCUGGCUGUUUUGCCUGAAGAAGGAGAGUAUGUGCUGUCUGAAGUAUUUAAUGGAAACCUAGCAAUCAAUCUUGUCAGCUCCUGCCAUUAAGGGGGGCAUUCUCAGUCCCAAGGAAUACCAGCUUGCAGGUUUAAUAUUUUUCCAGUGAAACUUAUAUAAUAAAAGUUGCCACAAUGGCUUAAUAAUUUAUAAAGAAACCCCUUGGCUUUUGGUCAAAUAUUUUGUUAUUUAAGCUCUUGGCUUCAUUGAGUGCAGAGUCGUAACACCCUUAGCCCAACAUGCAAAAUCUGGAUGACAUUUUAGAGCACAUUGGGGAGUUCGACCUGUAUCAGAAAAGGGCAUUUUUCCUUGUUUGCCUUCUCUCUGCUGCCUUUGCCCCCAUCUAUGUAGGAGUUGUUUUCCUAGGUUUUAUCCCAGAGCACCGUUGCUUGAGUCCAGGAGUUGCUGAGUUGAGCAGCAGAUGCGGCUGGACCCUUGAAGAGGAACUGAAUCACACGAUCCCCAGAGGGGAGAGUUUUACUCAUCAGUGUAGGAGAUACGAUGUGGAUUGGAAUGCAACUGAGCUGAGCUGUACCGAUCCGCUGGAAAGCUUCACUGAACAUGGGAACCGCAGCAUUUCUCUUACCACUUGCCAAGACGGCUGGCUUUAUGAUUCUUCAGUACAGUCCAUUGUGAGCGAGUUUGACUUGGUAUGUGAAUACUCCUGGAAGUUAGAUGUGUUUCAGGCAUGUGUGAAUGCCGGAUUUUUCAUCGGAUCUGUUUAUAUUGGCUACAUAGCAGACAGGUUUGGACGUAAAGCAAGUCUCUUAAUUAACACCCUGGUCACUUCCAUCGCAGGAGUCCUUGUGUCCAUAGCCCCGAACUACUUGUGGUCUGUCAUAUUUCGCUUCAUACAAGGGCUAGUCAGCAAGGGCAGCUGGACAGCUGGCUACAUCCUAAUCACGGAAAUUGUCGGUCCAGCCUACAGAAGGACUGUAGCGAUUCUCUACCAGGCAGCCUUUGCGGUGGGCCUUCUUGCCCUCGAUGCUCUGGCCUACGCGAUCCCCCACUGGAGAUGGCUUCAGCUCACCAUUACUCUGCCAAUGUUCCUCUUCAUGCUCUACUACUGGUGUCUUCCAGAGUCUCCCAGAUGGCUGAUCUCUCAAGGACAGAAUGGCAGAGCUAUGCAAAUUGUGGAUGAUAUUGCUAAAAAGAACGGGAAAGUCGUACCUACCCAGUUUGAGAGUAUCAACCUUGAAGAAGAAAGUAAAGAGGAUCCAAACCUGAGUCCUUCACUGAUGGAUCUUGUAAGGACACCUCGGAUGAGAAAAUACACAUUAAUUUUGAUGUACAACUGGUUCACAAGUGCUGUCAUGUACCAGGGGCUCAUCAUGCACCUAGGAAUUGCUGCAGACAAUGUUUACCUGGACUUUUUAUAUGCUGGUCUUGUUGAAUUUCCAGCGGCCAUCAUCCUCUUACUCACAAUUGAGCGAGUGGGCCGACGUUACCCCUGGGCUGCAGCGAGUCUGAUGGCAGGAAUCGCUUGCCUGGUGGCUGCUUUCAUCCCAGAAGAUAUGUACUGGCUAAAGGUUACCGUCUCUUGCCUGGGCAGAUUGGGAACCACGAUGGCUUUUGAAAUGGUGUGCUUCGUCAAUACUGAACUGUACCCAACGUUCCUCAGGAACCUUGGUGUGAUGGUGUGUUCCUCCUUGUGUGAUUUUGGUGGAAUCAUAUCCCCAUUUGUUGUUUAUAGACUGGCAGAGAUCUGGGACCAGCUACCUCUCAUAGUAUUUGCUGUAGUUGGUUUAAUUGCUGCAGGAUCUGUGCUACUUCUGCCUGAGACCAAGGGAAGAACUUUGCCUGAGACAAUUGAAGAUGUAGAAAACUUUCAUCGGUACCAUAAGAAACAGCUUAAUUAAGGCCAAAUUCAAGUUUAAAUGUUAUUUGACACAUUUGCUUUCAAGUGUUCUUUAUAAAAGCCCAGCUUUGCUAACUACCUUGGCUAGAAAGGCACAGAUAAAACUGAAAGGACUUUCAUUAGUGACUAUAAAGGAAACUAUUAAAAAUAUAAAUAUAUAUUUUCAUCCCCUGUGUUUCUGUUAAAUUGAGGAAUAUAGUAAAUUCAGCAUAUAACAUAUGAAAAGGCAUUUUUGAAAAAAAAUCGAUGAGACUAGCCCUGUCCCAGAUGCCUUUUUGGAGGGCA